UGGUGCCGCGCCCUUGAGCUGUUCUCCACCUUGGCCACUCGCAUAGCUAUGGAGAAAAGGGCGAAAAUUCUGACUCAUGUGCAGGCGGUACGUUGUUUUGAUCCUUCAUACCAUAGUAUGGGUCAGCACGUUCUGAGUCACGCCUCGGGUGCCUAAGCUGCACUCGUCGUAGGAGUCCAGCACCACCAACAGUUGAAGUUCUGAUGACCGACAAGACAUCGAUGGGGCGAAAGAUCCGAAUGGGGAAUCUGGAGUCAUGCUGGCCGCGCCGCCAGUCCUACCGGUGGGUUCAUCAGUCGAGCCAUGGAGUAGUUCAUGUUUUCCAUCUCAAGCAGGUGCGACCGGCUUGUUUACGCGAACCUCGACGGACUCUUCAACAGUACAUACAUGCUAGGACCAAAGAGUCGGUACACAAGCCUUCGCGCAGAAGUCCGGGAACACCAUGGGUACGCAUGCGCGCGUCUGUUCAACGUCUAGAUACAGAAUGGCGCACGUGCAUCCUAGUUACAUCCCAUUGUAUGGAUCAUCAACUUUGCCCUCUUCGCGUUGUCCUGUAUGAAUCGACUUGUAUCCUUGAAAAUUUAGGCGUCGGGAAAUGGGUGCGCGAACAAAGAUCGUUCACGUGGCGUACGUCAUCCCGAGGUUGGUCGCAUAACGCGUAUGUAGGUCCACUUGCUGCUCAGGGUCUCGAGCAACGUGGUGCUACUAUCAUCAACAUUACGAGCUUGCAAAAGGCGAGAUGUUCACAUCAAGAAGAAUGCUGGACAUCCAGCUAGACAAUGCCGAAAGAAAUAUUAUUUUUUAACCAGGGCUAUGUGUAAAUGUUCAAGACGGUUUUCCAGGUUUUGCGGGGUUGUUGCUCGCACAGGGCAACAGCUGAGACACGACCUGCUUCGCGCGACCUUGGUCCUUGGAC